UUUAUAUUUCCGUUUUGUUUUUUACUUUAUACCUCUUCGCUAAGCACGUGCAUCAUGAAACAGGAAGUUUAGUAAUAAUUACAUACGUAGUUCUGGUAAACGCUUUAGAUGAGGUUCGUAGAUUUACAAGUUUGAAUGAAACAACAGACUGUUCUUCAGAAGAUCACAUUUCUGUCCAACAAUGUUUCUCGUCUGGUUUAUCGUUCUUCCGUUUGUUUGUUUAUCUAGUGUCAAGGUGAAAGUUUCUGAAAACCAGUGCCCUCAGCUGAAGAACUGUACUUGUCGGUACCAAGGUCAGCUUUUAAAUGUUAACUGUUUUAACAUAUCCGACCCGUCACAGUUGACUAGUGUGCUGCACGAAGACCUGAAAAACCAAACUUUAAACCAUGUUUAUAUCAGUAAGUCUAAUAUAUCCCACAUUCCCUCAUCUCUUUUUGCCAACCUGACAAUCCAGAAGAUUCUCCUCCGACACGUGGAUGUGAAGACCAUUGAUCCAGACGCUUUUGAAACCGUUCAAGGACUUUGGGAACUCAAAUUAAACUAUGGUAAAAUAGAAUCCAUACCCAGAGCUAUUUCUAACGUAGGAAUGAGACUUAGACGUCUGUGGAUGGAACAUGGAGAAAUCAAGGAGAUCAAAUUUGAGUUUCAAAACUUCACGAUCUUGGAACUCUUAGAUUUAAAAGCAAACAAAAUUGUAUCUAUUCACAAAGAUGCGUUUGUUUCCCUUACGAAUCUACGUAGUCUCGAUCUUUCCCGAAACGCAAUCAAAGUUCUAGAACCAGGAACUUUUCGAGAAAUGCAUCAACUAAAAGAGUUGUCUCUAGUAAACAGUUCUUUGAUGUAUGCUGACGGAUUGUUGGAUAACAUGGUCAACAUUGAAAAGGUGAACCUAAUUAACAACAACCUGACUAAUAUCGACAAGUUAACUUCGACGAGGUUAUUCCACGUGAAAGAACUUUAUCUAUCAAAGAACCCUUUACAGUCGUUGAGAAAAGAAACAUUUGACAAUAAUUAUGUGUCGUUGAAUUUGUUGAAACUAGAUCACACCAAAUUAAAAUCGGUUCAUAAAGAAACAUUUCAGAAACUGCUCUUUCUUCGCAAAUUAGAUCUAAGUAACAAUCGGAUAGUUGAAUUUGAAAACACAACAUUUAACAAUUUACCUCUGGUUGAGAUUAACCUCUCCAGGACUCAGCUGAUAACCAUCACCGACCUCUUCGUUAACACUCCAGUCGAAGUUCUGUAUGUGAGCUAUAACCGUAUAAAAAAUGUAAAAGGGGCAUUGGAUGAACUGCCCAAGUUACAAUAUUUGUAUCUGAACAAUAAUGCCCUGUCUUGUAUUGAAGAACGAACGUUUCAGAACAACGAAAUGCUACAACAUCUAAUGCUGUCAAGGAACAAGAUUACAUGGCUAGCAUCAAACGCGUUUCAAGGUCUUAGAAAGUUGAAACUCCUAAUCCUGAACCACAACUUGAUCCAAAGUUUGAAUGGGUCUUUGCAGUAUGUUCCUUGGCUUCAGGUUCUAGACUUAUUCAACAACCAUCUGACACAUCUGAACGCUACCGACUUUAAUAGAAACCAACAGUUGUAUAAAUUAAAAAUUUCAUCAAACAGACUCGUCUCAGUCGAAGGAGCAUUUGUUAACAUGAAACUCCUGGCUAUUCUCUUUGUGGGAGCGAAUCGUUUGGAGACGUUGUCGAGGGAAAGUUUUCCAGAACAGUUGAAAAACCUAUGGUAUAUUAAAAUAUGGGGUAACCCGCUGGCUUGUGAUUGUCGUGUCACGUGGCUUCUACGUUGGAGUAGAGAAAAAAGGAAAGUGAUAGAUAGACCCAGAUGUUUUCAACCACAGUGGUUAAAAAAUCGUUACUUCAGACACUUGAAGGAGAGUGAACUUCUUAUCUGGCCUCAACAUUGUCCUGAACCAUGCAAUUGUUUUUGUGUCAGCAAUAAUUCGGAUUACUUCAUUAACGUUGACUGUUCUGGUCGCCAGAUGUCAGAUAUUCCAACAGUCCUUCCAGGAAAAGUGGGUCUUUUCAAUAUGAACAAUAACUCAAUCCAAAACCUUCAAGAUGUAGACUUCUGUAGAAGACCACAGCUUCAGACACUAUUACUUGAGAAUAAUAGAAUCACCGUUGUGGAUAACGUGAGUUUUCCAGAAAAUUUAAAAAGGCUUAGCCUUGCUAGAAACAACAUUGAGACUUUCCCGUUGUCCACCGUGAUCUCGUCCAGGACGAGAUCUUCUACAUCAUCUCCACUGUUAUACACACAUGGGACAGCGGUUUCAGAUAUAAACGAAACCUACUGCUCCUCAGCAUUAGAGAAUGGUCCUUUGAGGGGAAAGGUUUUGGUUUCGUUAACUGAGAUUGAUCUGUGUCCACAAAAGUUGGCAAUGUACAUCAUUAUCACCAUCGGAGUUUUAGCACUUUUUCUUGGUGUGGCUGGUGUAAAGAUCGUCUAUAGCCGCUACAACAUGAACAUCAAGAUCUGGAUGUAUACACAUGGCAUCUGUACUUUUUUAUCUUGUGUGAAGGAAGAUGAAAUUGACGAAGACAAGGUGUUCGACGCCUUCAUCUGUUACAACUCCUUGGAUGAAUGUCUUGUUUUACACGACAUAGUUCCAGGAUUGGAAGAACAUGAACCAUUCUACAAUAUUUGUAUUCACGAACGUAACUUCUUGGCAGGAUCUUAUAUUGCAGACAAUAUUGUCCAAGCUGUCAAAGCUAGUCGACGAAUCAUUGUGGUUUUGUCUGAGUAAGAAAUGUAACUCAUUUACUG